AUGGCUACUGAUUUGGUGGAUUUGUUUGUCAGCAUUGGUUUGAGCGAACAGAAAGCCAAGGAAACGCUAAAAAAUGAACAACUUUCAAAUAAUCUUAAACAUGUUAUUGACGAGGGUGAGAAACGAGCUCCAGGUGCAGUGCGUAACAAAGAUGUGGGGAAGUUGCUGUACAAUAUAGCAACCAAGCUGAAAACUCAGAUUCGAUGUCAUCAGUCUCUACUGAUCAAGUACAUUGUUCAGAAACAAAUGACGUCAGAAGCACAACUGAAUGCUGCCAUGGACUAUCUGCUACAUCAUCCCCUAGAGCCAGUCAACAUCGCUGAGCUGGAAGCAGAAUCCGGAGUUGGUGUUGUUGUUAGUCCUGAGGAAAUCGAAUCAGCUGUUGAAGUUGUGAUUAACAAAUACAAACAAGAACUGUUGGCAGACAGAUACAGGUUUAGUCCGGGCAUUAUUUUAGGUGAAUGCCGUGGCAAGUUAAAAUGGGCGGAUGGUAAGAGAGUGAAGAAUGAAGUCGACAUGCAGAUUCUUGAUUUACUUGGACCAAAGACUGAUGCAGACCUGGAGAAACCACCAAAACAGAAGGCAGCCAAACCAACGAAGAAAGAAUCUCAGAAAACAGCAGAGAGUGCAGCAACAUCGGCAGAAAUGUGCAUUGGAGAAGAUGGCCAUGUUAAAAGUUUUACUGAACUAAUGGGCGAUGCCUUGAGGUUCCAUAAAACUGGUGAGAACUACAAGACUGAUGGCUAUGUGAUAACACCUAACACAAUGAACAUUCUCAAAGAACAUUUGAAGGUUACUGGAGGAACGGUUUUUACCAGAUUUCCACCAGAACCAAAUGGUAUUCUGCACAUUGGACAUGCAAAAGCAAUUAACUUCAAUUUUGGAAUUGCCAGAAAAACAGGGGGUCAUUGCUAUCUCAGAUAUGAUGACACAAACCCGGAGAAGGAGGAAGAGAAGUUUUUCACAGGGAUUCGUGACAUGGUUGAGUGGUUAGGUUACACGCCGUAUAAGAUAACUCAUGCAUCCGACAACUUCCAGCAGCUUUAUGAGUACGCUGUGGACCUUAUCAAGCGAGGUCAUGCUUACGUGUGUCACCAGAAACAAGAAGAGGUCAAAGGUUACAAUAACCCAGACUCACCAUGGAGAGAUCGCCCCAUUGAAGAAUCUCUUCGUCUUUUUGAGGAUAUGAAGAAAGGAAAACUUCAAGAAGGGGAGGCCACUCUUCGAAUGAAGACCACACUAGAGGAAGGAAAGAAAGAUCCAGUUGCUUAUCGAAUAAAGUUCACACCUCACCACAGGAGUGGUGACACGUGGUGUAUUUACCCAACAUAUGACUACACGCACUGUUUGUGUGACUCUCUAGAAAACAUCACUCAUUCUCUCUGCACCAAAGAGUUUCAGUCCAGACGUUCCUCAUACUACUGGCUAUGCAAUGCUCUUGACGUCUACUGUCCGGUCCAGUGGGAGUAUGCUCGCUUAAACCUCAACUACGCAGUCGUCUCAAAAAGGAAGAUCGCCAAACUUAUCAACUCGGGAAUUGUAAGAGACUGGGAUGACCCUCGGUUGUUUACGUUGACAGCACUGAGAAGGCGAGGCUUUCCACCUGAAGCUGUUAACAUUUUUUGUGCAAAGGUUGGCGUGACGAUGGCACAGACGGUGAUUGACCCCACCAUGCUGGAGUCGUGUGUUAGAGACGUACUCAACGUCACCGCACCAAGGGUCAUGGCUGUGUUAGAACCUCUCAAAGUGACAAUCUCAAACCUGCCUGAAGACCUGAACAUCACUGUCCCCAAUUUCCCUGCUGAUGAGAAGAAAGGAUUUCACACAGUACCUUUCAGAAAAACGUUUUACAUCGAACAGGAAGAUUUCAGAGAAGAUGCUGAUAAGCAAUAUAAGAGAUUAGCAGUGAACCAACCAGUGGGCUUGAGACAUUCUGGGUAUGUCAUCAAGGUGGACAAAGUUAUAAAGGACAAUUCUGGCAAACCAUGUGAGUUACUGGUAUCAUGCGAGAAAGUAACAGAUUCAAAUAAACCAAAGGCUUUCAUUCACUGGGUGUCUGAUCCAUUAAGCUGUGAAGUCAGAUUAUACGAACUCUUGUUCCUCCACAAAAACCCAGAGGAUCCAGCUGUAGUGCCUGGUGGUUUUCUCACCGACAUCAAUCCCGACUCUAUGAAAGUGAUAAGUGAUGCCAUGGUGGACCAGUCGGUGAAGGGAGCCAAGGUGUUUGACAAAUUCCAGUUUGAACGGAACGGCUUCUUCAGUGUCGACCCAGACUCCAUAGCGGACAAGUUGGUGUUUAACCGGACAGUGACGCUGAAGGAAGACCCUGGAAAGAAAUAAUGGCUGCCGAUGACUUUCAUUGUUAUCGGGAGCAGACGUAAAGUCUCUUUUUUUAUGUCACAAGAUUUGCCCAACAGCUGAAUCAAACCACAGUGUCUACUGGUAUCUGAUGUGGAAACUAUCUCUGUCAGCUGAAGGACAGUUAUUGUGUUUUAAACAUCUGGUUCCUUGCAUAUAGAUUUGUCUCAUGAUCAUUAUUCUACAGUUUGUGAUUGGCAGAGCCAGUCCUAAGAUGGUGUGCAAGCUGGGACAAAUAAGAUAUUUUUAUAAUUUACCAUAAAAAAGUGGGGUUUUUUUUAUUUAAGAAACACAUUGACUGUCUUAAAAAUAUUGGUUUAAAAUUAUUUAAUAAUUUUUGGCACCACAAAUUUGGGGGAAAUAAGAUAUUUUUAUAAUUUACCUUUAAAAAAAUGGAGUUUUUUUUAUAUAAGAAACAAAUUGGCUGUCAUGAAAAUAUUGGUUUAAAAUUAUUUAAUAACUUUGCACAUCACUUAAUUCAUGUGUUGGUUAAAUUGAAUCAGGAGUUACCAGUAUUCCUGUUUCGAAAAUACUUGCCCAUGAAAAAAAAAGACGAAGCAAUUUAUUAUUAUAAUAAUAUUAGAUUGUAAAGUAAUUUAUUUUUGUGAUGAAAGGAUGAGUGGAUUUUGAUUUUUGGAAUUUUUUAAAACUUAAAAGCAUUUAUUAAAUAUGCGUGUGCAAUUGUAUACAUAAGCAAAAUUAUGUAUUUUACAUUUCUACAGAUAUCCACCAGUAAAAGCUCUAGAUAUAUGUAGAUGCUUUUUUUCCCUUGCUUUUUUAUGGCACUGUAUUUUAAACAGCAAAGUUAAUAUCUCAUUUCAUUUCUUUUUUGUUAAUUUCAUUUCUUUUUUGUUAAACAUUUAUUAUUUUUAGCCAUUAGUAGCAAAUGAUGGUAAUUUGGUCGGUUGAGUUUUUGUUUGCCAAAUCCUUAAAGGGACAUUCCUGAGUUUGCUGCAUUGUAACAUGUUUCCAACUAAUAAAAUAUUUCUACGAUUAAAGUUACAUAUUAAAUAUAUUUUCUGGUUUAGAAUAUCAGUGUCUGUAU